AUGGCAUUCUUACAAGACUUCCAUCAUUCCCCCUCUAUACUGGAUUACAGAGCACCUCAUGUAGCCGUUGCUUGUUUAACACUGGCACUGAAUGUUUUAGGAGUCUCAGUACCAUUAGCAGCCACAUUAGAUGACGAUGCAGCUUGGUACUCUGUUUUUACCAAAGAUUUGCAGAAAGAAAAGAAUUGGGAAAUUAUGGAGAAAAUAAUGCAGGUUUAUAGUAGAGAGCCAGAAUCUAUA